ACAAGUGUUUCUUGUUUCCUCCGGUACGCGGACCGCUGCUGGAAGGAGCAAAUCAAAAUGGCGAGUCAGGAGGAGUCAGUGAGGGAGUUCGUUGCUGUUACCGGCGUAGAGGAGGAGAGGGCCCGCUUUUUCCUGGAGUCCGCCGGUUGGAACCUGCAGCUUGCACUCGGCAGUUUCUUUGAGGACGGGAACGAUGAUGACAUCAUCACGAUUCCUCAGCCGGAGGGCGGCUCCUCCGUGUCUCGAUCUACUGGGCCCAGUAGUCAGCCCAGGGUGACCUCCUUCAGAGAUCUGAUGCAUGAGGCAGAGGAUGAAAGCGAUGAGGAGGAAGGUCAGCGGUUUUUCGCGGGGGGAUCAGAGCGCAGCGGGCAGCAGAUCGUUGGGCCUCCAAAGAAGAAGAGCUCCAACGAGGUGGUGGAGGAUCUGUUCAAAGGGGCCAGAGAACACGGCGCCGUGCCGCUGGAGCGCAGCGGGAAAGGACCGGGAGAAACCAGCAAAGCCAGGGCCUUUGUUGGCGGCGGUUACAGGCUGGGAGCAGCUCCUGAGGAGGAGUCGGCCUACGUGGCGGGAGAGAGGCAAGGCGGCAACAGCCAGCAAGACGUCCAUGUGGUGCUGAAGCUGUGGAAGACGGGGUUCAGUCUGGAUAACGGUGAACUUCGGACCUACAGCGACCCUGGAAAUGCAAACUUUCUGGAGGCAAUCAGACGUGGGGAGAUUCCUCUGGAGCUGAGGCAGCGCGCUCGAGGAGGCCAGGUCAACCUGGACAUGGAGGACCACAGAGACGAGGACUUUACCAAGCCCAAGGUGGCCUUCAAAGCCUUUGAAGGAGAAGGACAGAAGCUGGGAAGUGCCACCCCUGAGCUGGUUUCAGCUGCACCCUCCUCCCAGCAGGACCAGGCUGCCAACGAAGCCCAGGCCGGUUCCUCUGUGAGCCUGGACCCCUCCCAGCCCACCACUAACAUUCAGAUCCGCCUGGCUGAUGGCGGAAAGCUGGUGCAGAAGUUCAACCACAGCCACAGGGUUUCCGACCUGCGGCAGUUCGUGGUGUUGGCGCGGCCAGCGAUGGCGGCCAGAGAGUUCGUUCUGAUGACCACCUUCCCCAGCAAGGAGCUGACAGACGAGAGCCAGACGCUGCAGGAGGCCAACCUCCUGAACGCCGUCAUCGUUCAGAGGCUAAAGUGAGGCUGGGAUGAGGCUCCGCCCCCAUUCCUCCGCUUCCCUCACGCCGGAGCGCCGAGGGAGCAGAACACAUGGACUUACACGGACUUCUAGUUUCUGAUGGGUUUAUUUCUGAAAUUAAAUAAAAGAUCUUGCUUCCCGUGCCCUCCCUCCUUUCCAUCCCCCCUCCCCCCAUCAGACUGCAGAGGGCUGAAACGUUCAACCAUCCUGCAGAUGUUUCCCCUCAAAGCACCGGCCCUGCUGAAGGAAUGUGAUGCUGAUGGCAAAUGAUUCGUCCAGAGAGACUCACUAUAAUGUCUACUAACCGUCAUCCAGCCUCUGAACAAAGUUCUGAGCUUUCGGCAGCAGCUGAGCUGCUGCUUUACGCAUUAGAUUUAUCAUCUUUUCCUUCUCCACAGAUAAGCAACAGUAAUACGAUUCUGUUCCUCAACCCACUGAUACCAGUAGCCUUACUCUUCUUUCUCCACCUCCAGCGCCGCCCGCUCCCUUUGUUCAGAGAGGAAGAAUUUAUUUUUUUAAAAUGCCUUUGUUUAUUUUCUCCAUUAAAGAUGCUUCGCCCAGUUCAGACAACAGCAUGUUGAUGAGUCUGACGCCACUGGUGGAACAAAUGAGGUUAAACACACUGGUUUCAUUUAGUCAAAUCUCAAUUCUUGUAACGACGACAUGUUCUAUGCAUCCUGGGGAAACAAAUGUUUGGGUCUCCAGUGAAAUAAACUCAUUUUAUGGUUGAUGUAAAAA